AUUCCACACUGUAAAUUGAUAGUGUGAACUGCAUAUAAUAUCGUACAAGCGUAUAAAAAGUGUAUGGGCACCUCAAAUAUUGAAGCGAUACAUUGUGGACAGGUGUUAUCGAUUUUGCUUGUUUGCUCCCAUUCGUGAUACGUUAAUAUCGUAAGACGGUCCUGCCACCCCAAAAAAAUUCGCUCGCUAACGUUGAGGUGGUUGCUACGUCAAAGGUUCACGCAAAAUGAUUGUUCUGAUUCGAAUAAUAGUUUGUUUCAUUUUUACAACGUGUUUUCGCGGUAUCAAACAAGAACGGUGGUAAUAAUCGAUAAACGUGAUACGGAGUAUCAUAAUAUUCCUGAUGUCGAUUACCGUGUUUUUGCGCAUCGCAAUCAUUUUUUAAACUGGUAUUCCAAUCAAAAAUCAUCUAACACAAUGUUCGACGGAUUGAGUAAAAAUCCCCAAUGACGCAAGCUUAACGUAAGCAUUUGGUCUCGAAUACAACAGAUGGCGCCAUUGCUAAUUCAUGAAUGGCAAUAUCCUGAAUGGCUGAAAUGUCAUUCAAGAAAUAACCUAUCACGAGGAGAAACGUUUAGGUUUCAGACGCUUGCCUGCAUCAAUUUGCAACCCUUUGCCUUGAGCACACAGCACGGAUUAAUGCCCUGUAAAUGGAUAAAGAGAAGAUGCCCGAAGUGUAAGUGGUUCUGUAUGUAUAUUCUGCGGUUUCCGUGGUUUCAACAUGAAUUUUGGUUGUGCACUUCGGGCGGUAUGUGGCAGACGAAUUCAACAAAUAACAGCGGGUCUGUUGCUGGAAGCAAUUUGCAGAACGAUUCCAAGGUGAUCGUAGCAUCAACGUCCAACCCUAAUUCUUCAGCAACCGCAGCAGUCACUGGUGCAACCGUUGUGACUUCACCAUCUAGCACUCCCACCCAAGCCACCUACUAUCUUAUAUACCACAAUGGAUUUCAACUAAGUAUUCCACCGAAUACAGUGCCACCACCAUUUACACCUGCGCAUUUUACCAGUACGACCAACUCUGGCACAUCCCCUUCGUCGGGACAAGUUACGCAGUCUGCAGUUGGCGGAGCUUAUAGUUUGCUUGCGAACACAUCAAUAACUGCUGUGUUGUUCUUGUACCUACAGCGGCAGGAAAUGCUUAAACAGCAACAACAACGAAGAAGGCGGCAACGAAUAAGUGAUGGGGUGAGUGCGUUUGAGGUAUCUGAAUAAAAUUAAGGACAGGAUUGCAGUGGAGCGCUGAAGAGAGCGACGAGCAAAACGUACUUUCAACUAAAAUGCUAAUAUACAUACCUAAGCACACAUGCAUGUA